AUGACUUAUAGUUUAUGUACUGACAUGGCGGGUGUUUUUGAUAUCGAGUUAGAUGGAAGUGAACCAAAUCGGUAUGAUGGUGGUGCACUUCAAGAAGAAAUGGAAGAUGAUCAAAUGUAUAGCAACGUGGCUGAUGGUGUCAUAACCGCUCCACCACCGAGCUCAUCUUACAUUCAAGAUCCUAUGGUUGAGGCAAUUGAUUUAUCAUGUAUCGCAGUCAAUCAAGGAGUAAAAGUUGGACCGAAAGAUUUUGAACUGCUCAAAGUAUUAGGCAAAGGCGGUUAUGGAAAGGUAUUUCAAGUGAAGAAAACGACGGGUUCUGAUAAAGGAAAAAUAUUUGCUAUGAAAGUUCUACAAAAAGCUACUAUAGUCAGGAAUCAAAAGGAUACAGCGCACACAAAGGCUGAAAGGAACAUAUUAGAAGCCGUGAAAAGUCCAUUUAUCUGUGAUCUACUCUAUGCGUUCCAAACUGGCGGGAAAUUAUACCUAAUACUGGAAUAUCUUAGCGGUGGAGAACUGUUCAUGCAUCUCGAAAGAGAAGGCAUGUUUCUCGAAGAUACGGCUGCGUUUUAUCUUUCUGAAAUUGUUGUGAGCCUGGAGCAUCUGCAUCGGCAGGGUAUCAUCUAUCGUGAUCUCAAACCAGAAAAUAUACUUCUCGACUCACGUGGCCAUGUUAAACUUACUGAUUUUGGAUUAUGUAAAGAAGCUAUAGAAGGCGAUCAAAAGACGCACACCUUCUGCGGGACGAUAGAAUACAUGGCGCCGGAGAUCCUUAUGCGAUGCGGCCAUGGUAAAGCUGUAGACUGGUGGAGCUUGGGAGCGUUGAUGUUCGAUAUGUUGACUGGAGGACCACCAUUUACUGCUGAAAAUAGGAAGAAAACUAUUGACAAGAUCCUAAAAGGUCGCCUAACUCUGCCAGCUUACUUAUCUGUUGAAGCUCGUGACUUAAUCAAGAGAUUGUUGAAGAGGCAUGUUGAAACAAGGCUUGGUGCAGGACCGGAAGAUGCUGAAGAGAUCAAACAACAUCCGUUUUUCCGCCAUCUAAAUUGGCAGCUAGUUUUCGAGCGAAAGCUUGAGCCCCCGUUCAAGCCGGAAAUGAAGAGUGAGGAGGAUGCGUCGUUGUUUGAUACACGGUUCACCAAGAUGACUCCGGUCGAUUCACCCUGCGAUUCAACAUUUAGCCUCACCGGCGAUAAUCCAUUCGUUGGCUUCACUUACGUUGCACCAUCUGUUCUUGAAGCAAUGAAUCAACCUGAUCCUCCCCAAGUUACUCGGGCACGUUCACCUCGCAGGCCUAAUUUCUUAGAAGCAGGGAAUCACUGCAACAAUGGAACAAGUCAACUACUAGGAGGUGGAUCAUUGAUGCGAGUCGACGACGCGAUGGAUACUUCGACUACACCGCGAGCAUCCGAAUCGCGUAUCACUCAUUUAGUCCCGUAACUCCCACUUGUCGUCCAUGUGCUUCCUCGCCCCGCAAUCAUGUGCCUCGCUACUACCAAAUCUAUUCAAGCCACUCCGCAAGGCCAUUCGUCUCCAGUUCUGGUUCAUGAACAGUUCCUUGUUUGUCGUUUGUGUGUGUUUCGCUCUAUCUAUCUGUGUCUAUGUGUGUGUGUGUGUGUUCACAUCUAUUCACCCGAAGUUCAUCCGCAUUAAUCCACUUCUGUCUAUGCUGGUUAUUUUCACACCGUCUGCAAAGUCUUUCAUCCUUCCGUACCGGUAGUGAUAGAUGAGGAGGCGGUGAUCAUAUCGCACGCUCAACGAUCGCACUAGCUCCGAUUUGUCCCAAUACGUUGAUUGGGGGAUUAUAAAAAUCUUGCUGAUCAACGUGUUGUAAUGGGUACGAAGGCAAUCGAGCUUGUGCGAUUUUUUAACUCAUUGAUUUUUGUGGCUAAUUUGCAAAUUAUUCUUGUCGUUUGUGUGUUGUAUGUUGCUAGCGAUUUUAUUAUGACUCUACGAGCAUCGAGCAAGCGUGCCUUCAUAUAGAGAUUUAAAUAUUUGUUAGACAUGCUGUGUUGUUAUUACGCAUAGAGAAUAUUCUCAUUUUCCUGAUUGUUAAAUAUUCGUUAUAUUCUCGUACCUCCACUUCUUGUUUGUAAGAUCCAUACUUGGUCGAUAGAGAUGAAUAUAAUAUGAGCCGGACAUCAAACCUCUUUGUUACUUGUCUUCCUUGUACGUUCCUCAGGAAGGAAUAAGUUGUCCGGUUUUUGACGACAGCGAUUAGGAGGUGCAAAUGAGCUCAACACCGUCUCCAUUCUUUGUUUUCAUGG